AUGACAAAAGAAAAUGCUCACUUCAUAGAUGUAUACUUCAAGAAAAAGAAGUCUUCUUCUCACAUUACAGCUGAAGAGGCAGUAGGAAUUGGCAUCCUGGCUGUGAUCCUGGGGAUUCUGCUGCUCAUUAGCUGCUGGUACUGCAGAAGACGCAGUGGCUACAAAACCCUGAAGGACAAAAACCUGUGUGCUGGCACCCGGAAUGCCCUGAUGGGGAAUUAUUACAGUGAUGAGAGUGUUCUCCCUGUCAACAAAGUGCCCUUUCAAGAGAACAGCAACUGUAACUCUGUGGUACCUGAUGCUCCCCCUGCUUAUGAAAAGCUCUCUGCAGAACAGUUCCCACCGCCUUACACACCUUAA